CGCAAAUAAGACGGGCUUAUUUCACUUCACGAUACGCUUCGAACAUGAAAGAUUUCGGAUUAAAGUCGGGCUUGCCUGUACCUGGUUAGCACAAGUAAGAAUCGCUUAUUGUCGGCCGCCACAGCGCUGUGGCUAGCCGCUGAAGCACCGCCACUCGUAACGCGGGCCUGGUCCUGGUCCCUUGUUAUCGAUUAGCAGCCGCUCCAAAAAUUUCGGGCGAUAACGACGUCUUGGCGACCCACGGGAGGAAGACAUCUCGAGCCCAACACCCCUCAAAACAGCCGUGAUACCGCCCCCAAUCCCCACGCCACGCUCGCUAAACAAGACACAAACCACCAACCGAAACAGCCGCUCGCUCCUUCGUCAUGUUCGGAGGACCUGGAUUCGCCCCGCCGCAAUUCUCCGAGGAGGAGAUGCGCCAGCUCGAGGACGAGGCGACCUUUACCGUCCAGCGCUUCAUUGCCACCAGCGUCUUUCUCUACUUCUCCCCUUUUGCCAUUGACGCCAUAUCGAGGAUCUUUUGAGGCUCCGCGCAUCUGAUAUCACUAUUCUUCGGCAUACGAGCCGCUGCUCACCCGCCGGUCAACAGGAACACACUAUGGGGAAAUAAUCCCCUCGAGCCGAGCAGUUCGCUGCCAUCCGUCCAACCCUACUACCCAUUGCGCGUGUGCAUAUAAUACCAACCGGACGAAGCUUUAGUUUCGGCGUUUAUCCAGGGGUAGGGGAACCAUCUGUACGCCACAGUUUCUCUGUGGGGACGACGAUAGACUGUACAUUACCACUUGAUGACCAUUUGCCAUGCCA